AUGGACGACCAGGUAGUGAAGAUCAACGAAACGCUCGGACGGAAACUUGUUCGCGAACAUGGUUGGAAAGGCCACCAAAUCGCAAUAGCACUGCAUACAAGCGGAGCUGCAAACAAGAACUUUAAGAGUAGAUCUAUUGACGCUUAGACCAGAAAUGACAAUAAGUCGUGCAUUGUGCUUGAUGGAGACUCUUCCAACAUCUACCUUAAGGCGAGUCUGCUCAACGCAGUGGCUGUUUAACGAGUUAUUGGAGUUUCUUCAUUUUCCCCGCCAUCAAGGAGCGACUUGUUUCUGACCGGGAAGUGUUGUUUCUGUACCUCUCGCCGGAGAAGCUGGCAGGGCAAGCAGGUGGGAACUUGGUUCGAGAGAUAGCGGCCAAAAGGAAGAUAUGUUGCAUCGCGGUUGACGAAGCACACUGUGUCUCAGAAUGGGGCAACGAUUUUCGCCCCGACUACAAAGACCUCGGACGACGAUUGAGGACUGAGAUUUUUCCGCCAGCUCAGGAGGUGGAAAUAGGCCUGCAAGGAGAAGGAAUUAUCGCGGGAAGCUCAACUUCAUCUCGUUCUCCACCGAUCCUUGCCUUGACAGCGAC